UUCAAACUGUCCUCCUUAGCGAGGAGACGGAGGACAGUAGCAAAGCAUCACAGGUGGACAGUCCCAGUAAGAUUUCACACAUCAUGCAAGAGGGAUGUGAGAGACGCCGUUCAAGAAUGGUGAGGACAGAGGGUCUAUUUUAGUGAGCCACUCACAUGAGCGCUGGAAUCUAUAUAUCUACCCUCUUUCUGUCCUUCUCGUCUCAGAAAAAGGCGCCUGCGAGUAUUUGUCACCUGCUGUAUAAGAUAGAUUUAACAAGUGAAGACACAUAGAACUGCAAACAUGUCUGAAGGGAAUAUGAAACCAAAGCCCAAAAUCUCUGCAUCUCGCAGGCUGUUCUUGAAGACCAAACUGCUAAAGAAGGCCAUGACUAUGCUGGACAAUGAAAAGCAAGUCAGAAAAGAUGAACGAGAGAGAAUCCUCACUGAGAAAGUCCCAGAGCUCCAACUGUCAGGCCUGUCUCUUCAGGAUCUACAGAAUAUUUGCAAAGAGCUACACCAGAAAAUUGAUGGCGCUGAUGAAGCUCGCUAUGACAUUGAUUCCAAAGUGUCAAAAAAUGAUAGGGAGAUACUGGACCUGUCUCAGAAGAUCUUUGAGUUGAAGGGCAAGAUGAAGAGACCGGCCCUGAAGAGGGUGAGGGUGUCAGCUGACGCCAUGUUGGGAGCUCUGCUGGGCACUAAGGUCAAAGAGUCUGUGGAUUUCAAGGCCAACCUGAAGACUGUGAAGAAAGAGGAGGAGAAGAAAGAGGAAGUGACUGACUGGCGUAAGAACGUGGACGCCAUGUCUGGUAUGGAGGGCAGGAAGAAGCUGUUUAAUGCUGGGCAGUAGAUUUAGUGCUGAAUUUCUUUGUGAAGAUAUUUGCUGCUCUAAAACAGGUGGAACCAGUGAAUCAUGACUAUUGUUGGCUCUAUAAUGACAGUGAAUGACGUGAUGACCAGUUCAUGUUUCAAGUGUUUGUGGAAAUGACAAUAGUGAAGGUGCUUAACUUCACGAUCAUUCACAUGAUACAUAUAGUUUUUUACAUAAUGUAUGAUGCAUUAUGAAAAACAUAUGUAUAUAUUAGAGCACUAUAUUGCCUUUGUAGUUUGUUAGCAUCCAUAUGAAUUCAUGAACGCAGCCCCAGUUUUGGCUGUUCAAGUCACAUGUAGUAAUUGUUACUGGCUUGCUUUUUGACCUCUGCUACAGUAUAUACAAUAAUAAACAGGCAAGACUCAGAGAAAAUGCAGAUUUGUCUACAAUUACGAAUCUGAAUCUGGCCAACUUACACUACAUGUAUUGCCAACAAAAGUGUCUUUUGAAUCAUGGCCUUAGAUGACAACAUAAAACAUGGAGAACAACAUUUCUGUGUACUCUUGUGUUUUCUGAAGAAAAAAAAAGUGUGCCGGUUGGAUUGAAUGAAUACACAUUCCAGAGGCAGCUAAUGUUGAGGUUCAACUGUUCAUGGAGCUAGAUCAAGUUGAAGAUGAACAUAGUGGCAUUAAACUUAGACAUUAUGAUGAGAAGAAGCCUUGUUAUGAAUUGUGUAUUAAGUAAUAAAAUGUAAAUUACAUUGCUCAGA